GCCCAGAGGGAAGGGGCUUGCCCGGCUACGCUCCGUCGCAGCACCGCCCCCUUGUGGGACGCUAUAAACAGCUGCAAGGGAAACCCGGCUGGCUUUUGCGGGGCGCGCGCUUGUCGCACUUGUGGCGGAGUUGGUGGGGAGACCUGGGAGAAAGAGCUUCCGAAGCAGCUGCAUCUCUUUUGCAGACUCAAAAUGCCAAACUGGGGAGGUGGCAACAAGUGUGGGGCCUGUGGCAGAACAGUGUACCAUGCAGAAGAAGUUCAGUGUGAUGGGAGAAGCUUCCACAGAUGCUGCUUUCUUUGUAUGGUCUGCCGGAAAAACUUAGACAGCACAACAGUAGCCAUCCAUGACGAAGAGGUCUACUGCAAAUCAUGCUAUGGAAAGAAGUAUGGUCCAAAAGGCUAUGGCUAUGGCCAAGGAGCAGGCACUCUUAAUAUGGACAGAGGGGAGAGGCUGGGCAUCAAGCAUGACAACGCACCUUCUCACCGACCUACAACAAGUCCAAAUACUUCAAAGUUUGCCCAAAAAUUUGGAGGAGCAGAGAAAUGUUCCAGGUGUGGUGAUUCUGUGUAUGCAGCCGAGAAAGUAAUAGGAGCUGGAAAGCCUUGGCACAAAAACUGCUUUCGCUGUGCCAAGUGUGGGAAAAGUCUUGAAUCAACAACUCUGACAGAGAAGGACGGUGAAAUCUAUUGCAAAGGUUGUUAUGCGAAGAACUUUGGCCCCAAAGGAUUUGGCUAUGGGCAGGGAGCUGGUGCUCUGGUUCACGCUCAAUGAUUCGUUAGUGCCAUUGCACUGAAAUGGUUCUAUAGUUACAACUUAAAUGCCACUAAUUACUGUGAAACUGAUAACUAGUGUCCUAUGCCGUUGCUUGUCUUAAAGUAUUGCAUUUUCUCAAGCCUUAAAAGCACACUUUUUACAUGCACUGUCAAUUGGGUUCAGUAAAUCUUUUUUGCUUAGAAGAUUAGUGUGUUGAAAGGCCCCCUGGAGAAAAUUGUUCUGUUUCUACUGCCUACAGAUCUGCAUCUAUAUAUUGCUUUGCCUGCAACAUUUAAAGCAUGGUAUGAGUUGCUUGCUGCCUAAACAAGCACUUCAUCAGGUAAUGGGAAGACUGGGAGUAAAAAGCAUGUUAAUCCAUUAUAGCCAAGUCUGUCAUUGUAGAUUUGCAGUAGCUCUGCUCAGGCAUUAACCUUCCCAAUUAUGCUCACUGUUCUUGCCUAC